AUGAAGGUGAAAAUAGAUAUUGAAGCACCUCGUGUCAAAGGUAUCUGUUUUCACCCGAGUAGACCUUGGGUGUUAUACAGCACACAUACAGGUAUGGUAGUGAUAUAUGAUUACGAUAUUAAUGUUGAAUUACAAUCUUAUCAGGUUUCAGACGUUCCUGUUCGAUGUGUUGCAUUCCAUUCAACACAACCAUUAUUUGCAUGCGGUACAGAUGACUACCAAGUUAUUGUUUAUAAUUGGCAACGCAAAGUUAAACUUUUCACAUUAGAAGGCCAUAUUGAUUUUAUCAGAUCCAUUGAGUUUCAUUCAACAUAUCCAUUACUCAUAACAUCAUCCGACGAUAGUACAUCAAGAAUAUGGAACUGGCAAAGCAGAUGCUGCGUUUGUAUUCUUGAAGAUCACACAUACUUCGUCAUGUCAUCAUCAUUCAAUCCAAAUCAGCCUCUCGUUGCAACAGCAUGCCUUGAUGAGUGCGUCCGUCUAUUUAGUAUUGAGAAUUUACUGAAAGGAUCAAUGAGUAAAGAUGUUGAUUCGUCAUUUUUCAGUUUAGAGUCAAAUUCCAGUCUUCUUUCGGAAAGCGAGGAACAUCCAGAGGGCGCAAACUGCGUUGCAUGGGAUAGUUCAGGCAACAGAUUAAUAUCUUGCGGAGAAGACAGUUCUAUUAAAGUUUACAAGAUAAUCAAUGACGAAUUACAAGUCACAUCAACAAUCAAUGCUCAUACAGGCCCUGCUACAUGCGUACGCUUCCAUCCUGCAACAGGAAAUAUCAUUUCCUGCUCAGAAGACUUUUCCAUUCGCGAAUUCGACGGAAACACAUACAGAGAAAUCGGCACUUACGAAAUAUCCGGCAGCCGCUUUUGGUGUGUCGCUGCUCAUCCGAAAGAUGCUUUAAUUGCAGCCGGCCACGAUAGCGGUGUCACCAUUCUCAAAACGAAUAAAGAACGUACACCUUUCGACGUACAAGGAACAUCCGUUGCUUGGAUCCAAGAAAGCGAAAUUCACGUUGUCGACGUAAUCUCAAAGAAUCAAGAGAAACCGAGUACAGUACAAAAUGGAGUAACAUCCAUAAGCUGGAACAAUGCCAGAAAUAUGGCGCUCGUUUCAUACGACAACGAAAAAAAUCCUUAUUAUCAAUGUAUCGACUUAUCAAUGACGAAUCCUAUUACGAAAGGCGAAGGAUUAUCCGCUGUAUGGUUCUCCCGCUCAUCUUUUGUAUGUUUGAGCACUUCCAGAGACAAAUUAUGCUAUGGAGAGCCAGGAUCAUCUACAUUAUCGAGAUUCCAGGUUCCUCACGCACUCAGACUAUUUGCUGCUCCUGCACAGCGUGUUUAUCUUGUAACGAAAACCAACAUUUACUUAUAUGAUAUCACAAGACAGAAAGAAAUCAGAAAUAUUCAGUUCAAUGACUGCAAGGUAAUCAUGAUAAACGAUGACAAGACAAAAAUCUGCGCUAGAAACUCAACUUCUAUCUUAUAUUCAAAUGCAGACCUUACGGAUCCCUCAGUCUUCAAUGAAUCCUCAAAAGUAAAGAGCUGCUGCUUCGACGGUGACGCCAUUCUCUUUACAACUCGUACUCAUUUGAAGUAUAUCGUUUCCGGAUAUUCCGGAGUUGUAUGUUCGCUCCCAAGAGUUCUUUAUAUCAUCAAGGCCAAGGAAGAAAUCGCCUGGUUCGUAACACGUGACGGAGUUGUCUUCAAACGCGAAAUUGAGUUAGGAGAAUUGAAAUUAAAGCUUGCUUUGAUCAAUUCUAAAUCGGAUGGUGGCCAUGCUGCUCGUCGCAUUGUCGCUGAACAGCCUCCGAUUGGUUUCGCCAUCAUGGAAUUCGCUGCAAACAACAAUCGCUACGAUAUCGCUGCAAGUUUGGCCAGAGAUCCUAAAACUAAGUUCGAAAUGGCUCUUAAAGCGGGCGAUUUCGAUACAGCCGUCCUCGCGGCCGACGAGAUCAAGGACAAAUCGAUUUACAAGACAUUGGCCGAAAACGCUCUCAAUUGUGGAAAAAUUUCUUUGGCAGAAAAAAUGUUUACAAAGGCAAAUGAUACAGAAAAUUUGGCAUUUUUGUAUCUUUUGGCAGGAAAUUCUGCCAGUUUACAAAAGCUCACAAAACAGACAAAUAAUCCCGAAUACAUGAUCUGGUGCAACGACAACGAAUCGAUUGACAAAUUGUUGAUUGGCAUAAAUCCGAAUUUGGAGCAAAUUGUCAGUCAAAAAAUGCCAGAAAUCGAAUUGCCAGAGAUCAAACAGAGAUCAGAAGAUUGGCCACUCACAAGACCAACAUUCAUUCCUUUCUCCGUCGAAAAAGACACACAACUCGAUGAAGGAGAAACAGAAUGGCCAAUGUCAGAUGAAGACGAUAACCAGAAAAGUGACAACAAUGAAGAAGACGAUAGCGAAGGCUGGGAUGUUGACAUCAAUGUUGAAAACAUUCCUGCGCCAAGUCCAUCACAGUUUGUUGCUCCUCCUCGUGGAGAAGACAUCAAACAAGAGAUGUCAAAGAAUUCAACAACAAUUGGAGAUUUCGCGGCAUCAGGAGAUUUCGGAGAAGCUCUUGUUUUGGCUAAGACACAGCUCAAUGCGAAGAACUUCGAACCCCUCAAGAAUUUGUUCAUUGAAAGCUUCGUGAGAUCCAAUCUUUCUAUCCAAAACGAGUUCGGACAUUUAUCUGUUCCUCUUUCGAUGAAAUUCAGAAAUUUGUCACUUCCGGUUUUGACAGAUUCAGUUUCUCAAUUCGAUGAAAUGAUGAAGAACAGCAUUUUCAUCGAGUUCAACAAAGGACACUUCAAAGAAUGUUUUGGAAUUUGCCAAACAUUGAUCAGAAGAGUUAUUGUUACUUCGGUCCAAACAAAAGAAGAAGAACAAAAGAUUUUGGAUUGUUUGCAUAUUGCAACGAAAUACGCAAUUGGCUGCCUCCUCGAAUUAACAAGAAAGAGCGAGACGGAUCCAACAAGAAAUCUGGAAUUGGCUGUUUACUUCACUCAUGUUGGAUUGGCUCGAUCUCAUGAACGAUUGACUUUGCAAUCUGCUGUAAGAAUGGCUAUGAAAUACCACAAUUAUUUGACUGCUAAAUCAUUAAUCUCAAGAUUACUUGAUUUGGAGCCAAAUGAAAAGAUUGCAGGACAAGCUCGUGCUUCUCUUGAACAGGCAAACAAAGUUGGAACAAACGCUUUGAACAUCAACUACAAUGAAAGAAAUCCAUUCUUCAUUGAUGUCAUCGGAAAGACUCCUAUUUACAGAGGAAAGCCUUCUAUCUCUUGUCCUCUUUGCGGUUGCCAGACAGACAGUAAAAACGCAGGUCAGUUAUGCCCUAUCUGCGAAAUUUGUGAGUUUGGCGGUCAACCAACAGGUUUGAAGAUUUUGAGAACAAUAAAACAAUAA